AUGGUGAUCUCACCCUGGGAAAACCGGACAACCAUAGUGGAAUUUGUGCUUCGAGGAUUCUCUUCCAUCCGACAGCUAAAUAUUUUCCUCUUUAUGAUGUUUUUAGUUUUCUAUAUCUUAAUUGUUUCUGGAAACAUCUUCGUUAUCCUGCUAGUUUUGUUCAGCUAUCACCUCCACACCCCCAUGUACUUCUUCCUAGUGAAUUUGUCCUUUCUGGAGAUCUGGUAUACCUCCAACAUUGUCCCCAAGAUGUUGCUGAUUAUCAUAGCUGGACAGAAGACUAUCUCUGUAGCUGGGUGCUUGGCACAAUUCUACUUUUUUGGAUCCCUGGCUGCAACAGAGUGCCUCUUGCUGGCUGUGAUGUCCUAUGACCGAUACCUGGCCAUCUGCCAACCUCUCCAGUAUCCCAUCCUCAUGACUGGCCCCCUCUGCUUUAGGCUAGCUGCCAGCUCUUGGCUCUGCUGCUUCUUCCUCACAGCAAUCACCAUAGUCCUGCUAUCUAGACUAACCUUCUGUGGACCCAGUGAAAUUGACCACUUCUUUUGUGACUUCACCCCUCUGGUCCACCUCUCCUGCAUGGACACCUCACUGACCAAGAACAUCGCCUAUGCCACCUCUUCUGCAGUGACUGUGGUCCCAUUUCUCCUCAUCACAGCCUCCUACUCCUGCAUUCUUGUUGCUAUCGUAAGAAUUCCUUCUGGCACGGGCCGGCAAAAGGCCUUCUCCACCUGCUCCUCUCACCUCACCAUGGUCACGGUAUUUUAUGGGACAUUGAUUGGCACAUACCUCGUGCCCUCAGCCAACUCAUCCCAACUCUUGCACAAAGGGUUCUCUCUGCUCUACACCAUCCUGACGCCCAUGUUCAACCCCAUCAUCUACAGCUUGAGAAACAAAGACAUCCACGAAGCCCUAAAGAAUUGCUUGAGUAAGAAGCCAGGUUUCCUCAGAGGAAGCAAAGAGGAAAAGAGCUGUAUUUGUCCAAGUGAUGGUGAACCGGUUUCAGAAAUUUAG